ACUCGGUUUCUGUUUCUUAGAAAAACAUACAAAUGUCACACGUCGUCAGAGCAAACCUAGCGUUUAAGGACACUGCUGACGGAGCAGGAUGACCGCCCUGCGGAUUGGAAAGCUCCAGACGGUCGAUGACGACGCGAUGGAGGCGUGAAUGUGGUUUGGCGUGGCGAGAGCUGAACGAUGCCCAAGGGUGGGGGUUCUAAAACCCCCCAGCUGGAGGACUUCCCACUCAGCACUGACAUGGUGGAGAAGCAGGGUGGGAAGAAGGAUAAAGAUAAAGGCUCGUCAAACAAGACUCCUAAAUUGGACCGCGGCGAUGGCAUCAAAGAUAUGAAAGAGAAGGCUCCUAAGAGGAAGCUUCCCUUCACCAUUGGAGCCAAUGGAGACCAGAAAGACUCAGACUCGGAGAAGCAAGGUCCGGAGCGGAAGCGCAUUAAAAAGGAGCCUACCAACACCAGGAAGUCGAGCUUGCCGUUCGGGAUGGGCAUGCCAGGAAUCCGAGCUGGGUACCCACUGUCAGAGCGGCAGCAGGUGGCUCUUCUUAUGCAGAUGACGGCGGAGGAGUCAGUAAACAGUCCAGACACAACACCAAAGCAUCAGUCGCAGUCAAAUCUGGGUCAGAAGGGAACACCAAACUCUGCCUCAAAAACCAAAGACAAAGUAAAUAAGCGGAACGAGAGGGGCGAAACACGGCUGCACCGGGCAGCCAUCCGUGGAGAAGUGCGCCGCAUCAAGGAGCUCAUCAGCGAGGGAGCUGAUGUGAAUGUAAAAGACUUUGCAGGCUGGACCGCACUGCACGAAGCGUGCAACAGAGGGUAUUACGAAGUGGCCAAGCAGCUGCUGGCAGCCGGAGCCGAAGUCAAUACCAAGGGCCUGGACGAUGAUACGCCUCUACACGACGCGUCCAACAACGGCCAUUUCAAAGUGGUGAAGUUACUUUUGCGGUAUGGAGGGGAUCCUUGUCAAAGCAACCGAAGAGGAGAAACGCCACUGAAGGUCGCAAACUCCCCAACCAUGCUGAAUCUGUUGCUCGGAAAAGGCACUUAUACGUCUAGCGAGAGCUCGUCAGACUCUUCAGAAGAGGAGGACGCUCCAUCGUUUGCCCCUUCCAGCUCCGUUGACGGCAAUAACACCGAUUCGGAGUUUGAGAAAGGUUUAAAGCUGAAAGGAAAGCCCCUGGACCCACCCAAGUCCGCCACCACACCGGUGAAGGACGAGUACGAGUUCGACGAGGACGACGAGGAGGAGCGUGUCCCGCCCGUGGACGACAAGCACCUUCUCAAAAAGGAUUUCCGCAAGGAUCCGGUCAGCAAGACCAACAGCUUCAUCUCCAUACCCAAGAUGGAGGUUAAAACCUAUUCCAAAAGCAACUCGCUCACACCAAAGAAGCCCGUGCGUCGAAUACUGUCGGACAGCAACAGCUCGGACGACGACGACCGGACGUUGUGUUUCACGCCGACGCCCACGCCGAGGCAAUCUGCCGUUCAGAGCAACACCAAGAGCAGAGACUCGAACGCUCUGUGCUCCAAACAGCAGAAAGACAAAAGCAAAGUCAAGAAGAAGAGGAAGAAGGAGACGAAAAACAACGUCAGUAAGGAGGUGCGUUUCGGCAAAGUGAACGACAAGUUCUGCACCUCGGACUCUGAGACCGGCGAUAUGGAAAGCGAGGACGAGAAGUGCUCGAUGCCAGUUUCAAACUGCGUGAAGGAUUCUUCAACCCUGAGCCUUAAAGAUUCCAGUGUGUUCAGCUCACUGUCGGUGUCUUCAUCCUCGUCUUCUCAUGGAAGCUUGGGCUCUCAGAAGCUUACACAAUCUCUGGCAGAGCAGCACCCAAAACAGUGGCGGACAGACGGUUGGAAGACUGUGUCCUCCCCGGCGUGGUCUGACGUCAGCUCCCUGUCCGACUCGGUCAGGACGAGGCUUUCCAGCGAAUCGGACUAUUCCUCCGCAGACUCGAGCGUGGAGUCUAUAAAACAGGUGAAGAAGAAACCGCAGGAGAAGAAGAAAAACAACACACACGGCAGCAGCGCGCUCGACAAAAAGAGCUCGGACUUUUAUAAGAACGCGGACGGGGCCGCGUGUAAAACGGACAAAGACGGAAAGGUGUUGAAGAAACACAAAGUCAAACACAAACACAAAAACAAAGAAAAAGAGAAGGUGGCGACCUUAGUGUUGAAUCAAGACAUGAACGAAAAAUUCGUCAAAAGCAUUUCCUUCGACUUCGACGAUUCGCGGCAAGAGUCGCCGUCCGAAAGCAAAGUCAAACUCUCCAAACAUGACAAGGAUCAUUUUAAGAAAGAGGACCGACUGUCCAAAGUGAAAAUAGAGGACAAAGACUGGGCAGGGAAAGACGUUCAAAGGGUUUCUAAAGACGAGAAAUCCAAGAAAACCAAGGAGUCGAACAAAGACCGAGCGAGUAAAGAUGAGAAGGACAAAUCUUUAAAAAUAGAAAAGGAGAAAAGCACGAAAGACAAAGACAAGCCGAAGGAGGAAAAACAGAAAUCCCAUAAAGAGGAUAAAAAGAAAAAGUCCAAAGAUAAGUCUCUGAAAGCAGAAAAAAAGGGCGAGCAGAGAGAGGAGAAGCAUUUCAAAUCGGAAAAAGACAAAAGCGCGAAAGAGGAAAAGUCGAAAAAGGAUAAAACCAUCAAGGAAGAACCGGAUUACGAGGACUACGAUCUGAAAAAUCCUUUUUUAGAGGAUACCAAGAUGAGCGCAUCCGAUCACGAUCGGUGGCAAUCGGAUCUUUCCUCCGACAGCUCGCUGUACGAAGACGAUAGCUGGGACGCCCCUGUGAAAGAGUACAAAGCCAAUAACAAUUCUGUAAAGCUUAUUGUGGAAACCAUGAAAGAGGAAAACAGGGACCGGAAAAAGGACAACAAAUCGAAAGACAAGAAGUCGGAGCACAGCGACAAGCGCUUGGAGAAAGACGUCACUUCCAAGAAGAAAGAGAGGGAAUCCUCAGAGAAAGGAAGCGACAAAGGAAACGAAAAGAAAAAAGACUGGACGGACAAACAAAAGCUAAACUCCGGUCACUCCGAGAAGGAGAAGAAACGAAAGGAGUCAGCUGACGGAGUCAUCAAAGAGAAAAAGGAAAAGGAGUCCGUUGAGUGCAGCAGAGACAGAAAAGAUUCCUAUGAGUUCACCAAGGAGCGUAAAGACUCCAAAAACAAAACGGAAAUUCUGAGAGAUGAGUACGGCAACGAGACUUUCUUCAAAUCGGAGAGUGAAACUACUCCUAAGUCAGACCCCCGGGAGAGGAACCACUCCGGAAAAGAAAAGGAGAAGAAGGGAGAUGGGGUGGAGAAGAAAGACAAGGUAAAAGGCGAAAAGCACAAAGAUAAGCCCAAAGAUCGAAGUCUGGACCAGGAGAAACCCGAGAAGAACUCGGUCGACAGGACUUCGAAAGAUAAAGAUGUCGAAAGGAGCUCCAAAGACAAGAAAGACGGAGCUAAAGAUAAACACAAAGAUUCUCACAGCAAAGACAAGGAGAAGAUGUCGUCUGAGGUGCAGUGUAAAGACAAGAAAGAAAAAAUAUUUCAAGACAAACACGGUGACAGAGAAAAGGAUUUUCUUGACUUUAAAAAAGAAGAAAAGAAACCUGAAAAGGUGAGGGAGAAAACCUGGUAUAAAAUCGAGGAUAUAUUUACUGAUGAGAGUGAGGACGAAAACGACAAUUAUAACGGAGGCGUGGCAAAACUGAGCGAUUCGUUUGGCUUACUGGACUCUCACCGUAAAGAUUCCACACCCGAUAGAGACGACUUGGACUUGCUGACAGAUAAACACAGGAAGUAUUCCGGAGAGGGGAAACAACAUUCGACUGAAAAUAAGAAAGACAAGGAGCAUAAAGAUAAAAAGAAAGAGAAGACGUUUGAUGCAGGAAAAGAAAGGAAAGGCUCCAUGGAAAAACACAAAGAAAAGAAAGACAAGGACUCGACCGAUACGAAACACAAGGACCGCAAAGACCGAGCGUCUGUGGACUCGAAUCAGGAAAAGAAAAUCCGUCAGAAAGCAACAGACAAGCGGGAGCUCGCCGAGGAGAAGAGCAAAAGCAAAUACAAAGAUAAGCCGGACCACCUGAAAGAUCGAAAACCUUCUAAAGGCAGCGGCGAGAACGAGAAAUCCUUGCUCGAGAAGCUCGAGGAGGAGGCCAUGAACGAUUACAAAGACGAUUCCAAUGAUAAGAACAGCGAGAUCUCGUCAGACAGCUUCACAGACCGGGGUCACGAGCCGGUUUCAAGCAGCUUCUACGACUCCUCCAAUAUCACCUUGCCUGAUAUGACAGAAGAUCGAAGAGAGUCGCUGUCCAUUUCCAAUCCACAGGACAGAUUUAGAGAGAAAGAGAGACACAGGCAUUCUUCUUCCUCAUCAUCCAAAAAGAGUCACGACAAAGACAAGGAGAAAGGCAAGAAAGAGAAAGCAGAUAAGAGGGACAAGUCCGAGGAGAUUAGAGAGUCCUUCGGCCGCAGAGAGAGCUUACCUGUUGAGAAAGAGCCCAUGCCGCUGGAAGCCGAUCCGUACAUGUUCCCAUACGGCUCUAAAGGCGACGGAGAGGACGACUUGGACAAAACUCUGGAGUUCGAAAAGGAAAUGUCCAAAAAGGACAAGACAAACAGUAUCAUCACAAGCGAAAAGAUUAAAGACAAAAAGAAGAAAGAGAAGCAUAAGGAAAAAGUAAAGGAGGAGAAACACAAAUAUUCUGACGGCUUCGGGUCUUUCCGUCUCACCAAAGACGAGCUGAAAUCUGGCCUGAAAGAAAGUCCUCAAGUCACAAAUUUAAAAGACAAGUCUAAAGAAGAUAGUCCCAAAUUUGACGGCAAGAACAAGGACAGAAAUAGGGACAUCACAGACAAAGAUAGAACGGAUUAUAUCAAGACCAAGGAUAAGCUCAGUGACAGCGACAAGCUCAGCCAGUCAAAAGACAGCACCCGGAAAGACAGUCGGCCGCGUGAGAAGCUUCUGGUGGACGGAGAUCUCAGACUGACCAGCUUCGGCAAAAUGCUCAGUUUAAAAGAUCAGGAGAAUGAAGAGCGGCAUAAGAGAUACAAGGAGAAGAUCAAACAAAUGGAGAAAUUAAGGCAUAAAUCAGGAGAUCCGAAGCUUAAAGAGAAAAUCAAGUCCAGUGAGGAUCUGAAAAAGAACCGUAGCGAUCUCUCGUCUAAAAAAUCCGGAGCAUUAGAUUCCGCUCUGAAAGACAAGAAACUUAAAGAGGUGAGCCUUCCGUCCCAAAUAAUGUCCCCUGAUAGAAAAUCACAACCAUUGGACAGCCAGAAUUCCAAAGACUGGCUAGCAGGCCACCAGAUGAAGGAGAAUCUUCCUGCUUCUCCACGACCAGAUCAGAAUAGACCAACAGGGGUCCCCACUCCUGCAUCUGUGAUUUCAUGCCCAAGCUAUGAAGAAGUCAUGCAGACUCCUCGAACGCCUUCCUGCAGCACAGAAGACUACCAGGAAAUCAUGUUUGAUGGACUAGACUGUCAGAACUCUUCUGCAAUGACGAUGUCAAUGAACGCCUGCUCUCCAACAUUCUUCGACAGAUACACCUCCCAGAACUCUUCCCACGGUUUCCCAGAAGGAACCUGCAUUACACCAGCGAAGAACAUGCAGUUACCCCUCGAGAGCAGGUCCAUUACCUCUGAGGUCAGAAGACCUCUAGAAGAAGAGUUCAAAACAGACGUGGACAAGUUCCUUAGACAGCAAACCACACCUCAAGAAUUUGAGUCUUCUGCCUCGCACCUUUCUGAAGACAAAAUACCAGUGGAGAGACUCGAUGGAAUUUCAUCUCCGUACCCCUCACCUCACAUCAACAUGCUGUCUCCGAGGCCUGAUUCAGCACAGCCUGCACCCGAUAGAGCUUCUGCAGCCAGUUCUGGGAAUGAUGCCAGUGAGCUCCCUCCAGAGAGCAUGUACAGUUAUCUAAUGAAGCCCUCAACUCCAGUCCAUAGACCUGACCCUCAGUGUCUGGACAUCGCUGCUCCUCUAACACCAGCUCCUGCCGCUUUGCCUCCAAUGGACAUCGACGACUUGUCCGAACUACAUCAAAGUGAACCCAGUUUGUUGCCGUCUGACCCAGUGAGCGGCUGCGAAUAUUUACCUCCUCUUGUAGAGGAGCAGGAUGAAGACGAGGAGGAUGAUGAGGAGGAGGAAGAGGAGGAGGAAGAAGAUGAGGAGGAGGAGGAGGAUGAAGAGGAAGAACAUUCCGAGGAAACCCCCGAAACUCAGAUCGUUUCCAAUCAGCCUACAGAAGAUCCCACAUAUCCCCUCGGAUUAGGGGAGUCCGUCAUGAAGACUUGGGCUGAAUCUCUAGAUCGUCAAGAUCCUGAAGUCCUUCCCCUGACACCCAGUCAUCCUCAAGACAGCAUCAUUGAGAACUCCUGUGACCAGUCGAUAGCAUGGAAUGCGGACGGUCUUAUGAAAUCACCACAUGAAAGUUACAGAGAGGUCGAAGCGGCAGUUUCUAAGAUUAGCAGUCCGUAUUCGCACUCCGAUUGCGACCUGCCUCCUAUUCCUACCGCGAUACCUGUGCAUUCAUCCAUGACUCCGCCUUAUUCUACAUACUCGAGGGCAUACCAACACAUCUCAGAAAGUCAUUAUGAGGUCCCAAAGGACAACAUAGAGGACAUCUCUUCAUCACCAAGACCUGAAGCAGAGCCCGAAGAUUCGAACUUCUUGCCACCCUCCUCGACUCGACUAGAAACCUUCUUUUCGGAUAUCAAACCACAUGUUGAGGAGAAUGAAAUGGACGAUGAGCCGUCAUGUGUGGCACAAGAGAACCAAGAAGAACCACUCAGUUUCCCUCAGAGCAGUCUUGCCCAACCAGUAAGCUGCGAGUCUCAGUGGGCUGACCCCUUUCCUAGCACAGUUGAUGAACUAGACGAUCUGAGUCCAUUCUCUUUGCCAGAUCUUCCCUUUACAGAAAAAGAGAUUCAUGAGCCUGAUGUUACUGCACCGGAGAUACCGGAGAGCAAACAUCCUUCUGUCCCAAUAAGACCUUUGGAAACAAAUAAAGAAUUAGGGGUGUUGGAUGUCGGUUUUCCCACUUUGACCAAACCUCCAUGCUCACCUGCAGGUGUUUCUCCACACGAGCCUGCUCAGGAUUUGGAGCCGGCUGCCCACGAGGAGAGUUACAGAUCCCAGCUUGAACCAGAACCGCACAACAUCCAGGACGUUCCAUUGGUAAAAGAAACAGUACAGGAAGAUGUGCACAUGUUUGAAGAACAGGAUGAGGGUGAUGGCAACAUCUAUUCAGCUGUAGAUGCAGAGAAUGACCAAGAAUAUAGAGCGAAAGACGCUGCACCAGAUACCCUGCCUCCAAUAACGCCAUGUUCAGAAGCACAGGCACCUCUAAAAUCUGAGCAAAUUGCUCCAAACCCCGUGGUCGUCUUGGGUACCUCGUGCAACUCGUGCCUCCCUGCUCCAGUCUUGACCAUCACAACGUCUAGCACCACACAAAUAUCAGAAGUGUCUGAGACAACAGUCAAGCUCCCGGUUGUACCUCCAGCACCCGAGGCCCCCAAAAAGGUGGAGGAGAUAGCUCCUCGGAUGACCCGCAACCGAGCGCAGAUGCUGGCCAACCAGAGCAAGCAGAUCACCACGACGAGCGUCUCGUCUUCCACGACAUCCUCUCCCGUCACCACGAACGUCACCACAAUUUCUCAGUCCUCUCUCACCUCUGGGGAAAAGGAGAGAGAAAAGGAGCCCAUCAGCACCAUCACUGCUCAGGCGUCUACUCCUGUUCUCGUCACCAAAACUAAAGGCCGUGCCGAGGAGGAGGACGGGCAGACGCAACAUCCUCGGAAAAGGAAGUUCCAGAAAUCGGGUCAGCAACAGGUACAGGUUCAGCUCGUCAACACGGCGAUGCAGCAAACCCGGGAGAUGAUACAGCAGACGUUAGCCGUCAUAGUCAACGCUAUCAAGCUGGAUGACAUUGAGCCGUAUCACAGCGACCGCUCCAACCCGUACUUCGAAUACCUGCAGAUCCGGAAAAAGAUCGAAGAAAAGCGGAAAAUCCUGUGCUAUAUAACACCGCAGGCUCCCCAGUGCUACGCAGAAUACGUAACGUACACGGGCUCCUACCUGUUGGAUGGCAAACCGCUUAGCAAACUUCAUAUCCCUGUGAUCGCACCACCUCCAUCGUUGUCUGAACCCCUGAAGGAGCUCUUCAGACAGCAAGAGGCAGUAAGGGGGAAACUGCGACUGCAGCACAGCAUUGAGCGGGAAAAGCUGAUCGUUUCCUGUGAACAAGAGGUCCUGCGAGUUCACUGCAGAGCGGCCAGGACCAUCGCUAAUCAGGCCGUGCCUUUUAGUGCUUGCACCAUGCUUCUGGAUUCAGAGGUGUACAACAUGCCAUCAGAGAGCCAGGGAGAUGAAAACAAAUCCGUGAGAGAUCGCUUCAACGCCCGGCAGUUCAUCUCUUGGAUUCAAGACGUGGACGAUAAAUAUGACCGCAUGAAGACAUGCCUGCUGAUGCGGCAGCAGCACGAGGCCGCCGCUCUGAACGCAGUGCAGAGGAUGGAGUGGCAACUCAAGGUGCAGGAGCUGGACCCUGCCGGACACAAAUCUCUGUGCGUCAACGAGGUUCCCUCCUUCUACGUGCCAAUGGUGGACGUCAACGACGACUUUGUACUGUUGCCCGCGUGACACGAACACACGGAGACGCCGAGAGCGCGGUUCUAAAAUCCCUCAACUUUUUUUUCAAAGAGACAUCAAACAAGCAAGCGAGUUCGGUAAGGGCUAGCCGGUUUGAAAACGAAGAUUUCUUUGAGAAGAGUAUAUACGUAUAUAUUAUAUAGAAGAAGGUUAAAACAAAUUACGAAAAAAAGAAAACUAAAUGCUCCUUCCCAUCAGAAAAGAGGAGCAUAGUUUUUUUUUCCCCAGGGGAAAAAAAAAAACACAACUUGCACUUUCAUCCUUAAAAGUUUUAAUGCUUUUGUUUGGAAUUUAAUGAAGCAACACUGUUUUGCUUUAAAGCUAGCCCACCCUCUCUCAACCUGCCAGUUGAAAGAUUUAGUUUUUCUUUAUUUUUCAUCCCCUUUUCAACUAAAUCGCAAAAGAGGAGGGCUGAGAGAGGCUCCUCCACCUUCGACGUCCUUCAGGAUCAGGGACAGAAGGCACAAACGGUGUCCUCGAGCGCGCCAAACAGAAUCAACGCGGCCUGGCGCGUCGAGGUGCAUCCGCGUGUUAAAGAAAAAGAAAGAAAAAAAAAAAACAAAAGACAUGUAAGGUCGCAAGGUGCAAGUCGAAGGCUGGAACAUCCACAGCUACAGCGAGACAGCACGCUGCCGGACUCGGAUAAUCUCUCGUAACCACAACAGAGGAGAGCAUGGCUCCCUGAUGCACACAGCGCCCCCAAGAGCAAGGGCAGCAUGGUUGAGGCUCUGUGCCAGAGCAAGGGAGUUCAAUUUCCUUCAGCACCAGGACAUCCCACCUCAGUCCAUCGUGGUGUCCUCAGACAAAUGGGGGAGGGACAAAAGGAGAGCAGAGUAGGUUCAGUUCACAAAGCCUCCAACGGUCCACUGCAGGAGCCAAUCCCCGUUGUGCUAGCACUCUGCGCACACACACACACACACACUCUCUCACACACACACACACACACCUGCAGAACGAGGAGACGGAGGACAACUCGAGAAACCGCAGUGUUGCAAAACCUUUUACAAAUGAUGUUUUAGUGGGUUUUUCUUUUUUUUUUCUUUUUUUCUUUUUUUUUUUUUUUUUGGAUCUUUCUUUACUCGGGCAUUUCAUUGUUCCCUUUCUGAGGACGUGACUUGAAACACUACAGAGCCAAUGUUAGUUUAAUGGAAUAAACACACAAAAAACAAAAACAGGAAAAAAAAAAAAAUUGUAUUCCGUAAAUGAUGUACAGUUUUUAUAUUCGUUAACCAAUGUAUUCUCGCUGCCUUCUAGAUAAUUUAUUUUGCCACCCAUUACUGCACAGUUGUAAAUAACUUAUGUACUGUAACAUCACACAGUUAAGUGUAAAAACAAACAAAAAAAAUAAAUGAAUAAAAUUAUCUUUGUAUGUACAGUUCACUUGCGGGCAGCACUUCCCCCCACCCCUUACCCUCACGGGCCAAAAUGUGUACACAUCAGUAUUUUAAGGACAGUUUGUUUGUUUGUUUGUUUGUUCGUGUGUGUGUGUGUGUGUGUGUGUGUGUGUGUGUGUGUGUGUGUGUGUGUGUGUGUGUGUGUGUGUGUACAGGUCCUUAAGGUCUGUCAAAACGCGCGUCUGCCAUCAUCAAGACCGUACACGACCCCUCAGAAUGAAAGCGUCAGGGCCACAAACAGUUCUCAGAUGUAGCAGAGUGAUUCAUUAUGGAUUAUUUAAGAAGAAUAAUAAGAGGUAUAUAUUAUUCAUUGCUUUAAAUACACAAGUAUGUAUCUUUAAACAAAAAAAGAAAAAGCAAAAAAAAAGGGAAAAAAAUUAUAUAAACCGAGAAAAUGCCUUUUUACCUUUUUCUGAUUUCAUUUCAAGCUGCACACGUUUAAAGCUCCAAACAUCAGCAAGCAGCAGCAGCGGCGGCGACAUUCCCAUCUAAUCCCAUUUUAUCCUGUCUAAUCCGAUCCGAUCUGAGCGUCCGGUUCGAUAUAUAACCUUAUUCUUAAAAAAAAAAAAAAACAAUCCAAUACACCGCUGAAUAUCUCUAAUGAGUAGCGUUUUCUCCCUUCACCUCCUCCCUUCUUUUUAUCAUCGGGUUUCAGUGUCACACGUUUUCUUUUCUUCCUUUAUUUUUGUUCUUUAAUCUAAUCUGAUGGCACACAUUAGUGAUCGGAAAAGCUUUUCUCCAAAAAAAAAAUAAAUACAUUUCCAAAGGUUCUUCAGACCUAUAAAGGUCAUCCCUACUUAAAAAAAAAUAAAUUAUUGGUUACACUUUUUUUGUCACGUUUUGGCCCCGCCCCUCCAGCGUCAUCGUGGCGCAUGUACGUCGCAGAUUUUUGUUUUUUCCCACCUUUAAAGCACAAUCACAGCAUUUUAUUACAGCGCUCGUAAUUAUUCGGUGGCAUUUGUUUGUUUGUUUUGUUUUGUUUUUUAUCCUGAUUUUAAAACGUUUUUGAUAUUUUAUCCUUCCUGCCUGUGCUUCAGCGUGAAGUUGUGUGAUGUGUUUCUCAAUCAGCCACACUUCUGUUUGUGUUCAUUUUUUUUCUCUGUGUGUGUGUGAGCGUUGUUGCUCGUUGAUUUGACGUACAGGGUGUGUGAAAUUUCCUUUUAUUAAAUUUUUACUGCUUCUCAAGUACCUUUUGUGAUAUGAGGUUAAUUUGGCAAAAAAAAAAAUAUUCCAAACCAAAAAUGCGUGUGUGUGUGUGUGUGUGUGUGUGUGUGUGUGUGUGUGUGUGUGUGUGUGUGUUUGUUUUCCUCUCAACACUGACAUGUUCAUCAUGGUUUAUUAAAAAGCAGAAUGUAUCCCAUUACUGUCCCUGCAAAUCUCACGAUUGUUUACAGAUGCAUUGUGUGUUUGUGUGUGUUUUCUCAGUUGUGUCUUCUUGUUCGAACCCUGCUUUUAUUACUAUAAUUAUUAAUCUUAUUCCUGCCGUUCUUUGAAGGCUUGAAAUUGUGAUGUGAAUUUUAUGUAGCGUCACUGUGAGCUUUACGUAGUUCUGUAUCGUGGUCAUCAAACUUGUCUCAACAAGCCCCGCCCCCUUUCCUGUUUUCUUCUCCCAGAAACUCCCGUCUGUGAGUGAAGCACUUCCUCCCACUGACCUCCAUUAUGCAGAAUUACCUCCGUGAUCUGAUUUCACCCCGUUUCCUCUCACACUGCACAUUUACGUGCCAUCGGGUCACAAUUUCAAGCCUUUUUUUUUUUUUUUUUUUUUUGCAGAAAUCUGAUCAUAGAUGUUUCUUGGAAAAUGAUUCAUAAAGCAUGUAGAGCUAAAUGGUGAGAAAAUAACCUAUUUAUUUUUGUUUUGUUUUUUUGUUUUAUCAUUUUUUCCUGACACCUGUGGUAUGUUUGAGUUGGAAGGUCUCUGCUGUGUAAAUUUUCCUCUUGUAAUGAGUAAAUAUACCGAAACGUUGUACAUAAAAAAAAGCUGUAUAUAAUCUCCCAGGACCUUUUGCACCCUUCUCUUUGUACUAGUCUGAUCUUGCGUAGAAUGUGGGGUUCUAACAGCAAUGAGACGCUGCAGGUGAUGUAAAAAAAGUAUCUUUUUUUUGUUUUUUUUUUAUUUGUAUUUUUAUUUUGUUUUCCCUUUUAUUUUUCCCUUUUGUACAAUGUAGUUGAAUUGUGUACAUAUUGUUGGAGCAGCUAUGGGGAGGGAGGGGUUUGUUGAUGCUGUCUUCAGUGCUGUCAAAGACCCAGUACUUUCACCUCUAGCUGUGUCGAUAUCCUGCAAUUCAAACGCGAGAAAAUUAGAAAAACAAAAAAAAAGAAAAACAUCAAAAAAAAUGAAUAGAAUAAAAAAAAUUUCAAAAUUGUUAUUUUCUACAGUUGCAUGUACAGAGAGCGCGAGAACUGCUGUUGUUCCUCAGAGAUUAUGUUCGUAAAUAAAUUUUUGAAAUAUGA